AUGAACAAACCGAAUGACGACCUCGUCGAAGUCUGGAAGGAGACCGAACCGACCAUCGCUAACGGCCUCGUCAAUCUCCUCAAGCACUCUCAACACUUUCCUGACGAGUUCCACCAGCCCCUAAAGAUGGUGAACGAUGUCUUAGCCCGUCAGAUUGCAAAAGUGCCCCUCAAACACCUCGAGGAGACCGAAGACCUCUUUCCACUUCUAUAUGUGGAGUCACAGCCCGUGCAGCAGACAGCUUUUAACAUCCUACACAAGCAAAUUCCCGCUGCACAGGAACAGAUUUCGAUUGACUCCGCUCUCGAGAAAACCACCGCCCGCCUCCCCGAAGAACUCCUCUCCCUCAUCCUUGAGGCACCCACCGUCGCUGCUCUCGCUGAUGUAAACUUCGAGCGCAACAUCCCACUGCCCCUCCGCGGCUACCUCCUUUCCUGGCUCCUCGUGUUCGACCACCUCGCGCACGCGUCUUUCAAAGUCAAAAACGACUACGUCGACCACAUCAAGACCGGUGCAUACCUCCCGGGCUUGCUGGACUUCACAUUCGACUUCCUCGGCCACGCGCACAACAAGCCCGUGGACAUUUCCAAGCUGGACCCCACGACCUACGAACCCGACAUUGAGCUUCCCCGCCGCGACACCCACUGGCUACUCACGCACAUCUACUACCUCUGCCUCCUGCACCUCCCCAGUCUCACAAAAUCCUGGUACAUCGACUGCAAAUCGCGGCCCGUGGUCGUAACCCUCGAGCCCUGGACCGAGAAAUACAUCUCGCCCCCCGUAAUCUCCUCCGCCCUCUCCUCCGUCCAAUCCUGGGCCGACACCUUACCCUCUGACGAGCCUUUUGCUGUGAAAGUUGCGAACCGCGCACACGAGAUCACAACCACGUACGCCAUCGACGACGCCACAAUGGCGAUGCGCCUCACCCUUCCACCCUCAUUCCCCCUCUCCUCCGCGCGCAUCGAAGGCCUCUCGCGCGUCGCCGUAAACGAACAAAAAUGGCAGUCCUGGCUGCGCACUUCCCUCGGCGCCAUCACAAUAUUCAACGGCAGCAUCAUCGACGCAUUAACCACUUUUAAGCGCAAUGUGGAAGGUGCGAUGAAGGGCCAGACGGAGUGUGCGAUUUGUUACAGUGUUGUGGGGAGCGAUAAACGGCUACCGGAUAAGAGGUGCUCUACGUGUAGAAAUUUGUUCCAUGGGGGGUGUUUGUUUAAGUGGUUUAGGAGUAGUGGGAGUAGUAGUUGUCCGCUUUGUAGGAAUCCGUUUAAUUAUGGGUAG